UCUGCAUACCACGUCAUCACACUUUGCCGUGACCUUUUAUAAGUCCGCCUUGAAAUAUUGACUCGAAGUUAAAAUUGGGAAAGUCCAUCAAAAUUAGGGAUAAAGACUUCCAUUCGAAUAUUUUAAUUUGGAACAUAAAGUACACGUGGGCAAAGGAUGCGGAGGCAAUGGAACACGAAAUCAAUAAUCAUUAUAUUAGUCUGUACUGGAUUUGCACUAUGGGUUAUCUUUCGGGAACACGAUGUAGAUCAAAGAACCAAUCAAAAAAGAGAGAGCGUGAAAUUCAUUGACCAUAUUCAUAUUCCAAAAACUAAGCUUCAAAAAUAUCUGUUGCAACCAUAUGGAAAAAUUCAAAAUAUAGAAAACAAAGACAGACAUUAUUCACAGGUCAAACAGGAUGAAGUCGUUUACGAAAUCCUUCAAAAGAAAGGAGGUUUUUUUCUUGACAUUGGUGCACAUGAUGGACAGUUUAUGUCCAAUACUCUUUGGUUGGAAAGACAACACGACUGGACUGGACUUUUGAUAGAAGCAAAUCCUGAACUUUGCAAAAGUAUCGAUAAAUUAAAACGAAAUGCAUGGCGUUUGUGUGCUUGUCUAUCCAAUACUCAAGACAGUGUUUCUUUUAUCAAAGGUGGUGGUGUAGGUGGUAUCGCUGACAAUAUUGAUGAGCACCACAUGAAAAUGUUAGAUCGAAAGAACAAAAUCACCGUUCCAUGUUUUGCUUUGGAACAGAUCUUGAAGACGAUUGGCGUCAAUCAUAUUGAUUUUUAUUCUCUAGAUGUUGAAGGGGCAGAAAUGGCAAUUUUGAAUUCCAUGAAAUCUGGUCUUAAAGAUGGAGUGUAUACAGUGGACGUGUGGGCUAUUGAGUACAGAGUAUGGGAUGGCCACCAGAUUGUUGUUGAAAAAUCAAAAGAAAACUUGAAUGCAUUAAGAAAAUAUUUCAAUGAACUCGGUGGCUACUUCGAACAUUCGCAGUUAUCUACCGAUAGUAAUAACAAAGACGGGUACGCUCUUGACGUUGUAUUUGUUCGUACAAGCCAAUGGUGUAAAACAAGAGAAAAAUUUCCAAAUGGAACCAACUGUCUAAGAAAGGAUAAAACAUCGCGCAUUAAGGAUUAUCUUCUUCCUCCUCACCCCUAUCAAGAAGUAAAAGACGCAGACAAGCGAUAUUCCCAAGCCAAUCAGGAUCAGGUCGUUUACGACAUAGCUCAGAAAGAAAGUGGGUUCUUUGUAGAUAUAGGAGCUCAUGAUGGACAACUAUAUUCAAACUCACUAUGGCUAGAAAGGCAACACGGGUGGACAGGACUUCUUAUAGAGGCUAACCCGGAUUUAUGUCGAAAGAUCGAUAAACUAAAACGGCAUGCAUGGAGACUCUGCGCAUGCCUUUCCAGUACUUUAGAAAAGGUGACUUUUAUAAAGGGCGACACGGUGGGUGGUGUGGAGAAUCACAUUGAUAAACAUCACAUGAAAAUGCUAAACAGAACUGACAAAGUCACUGUCCCUUGUUUUAGCUUGGAGGACGCGCUAAAUGUGAUUAAAACCUAUCAUAUUGAUUUCUAUUCUCUAGAUGUUGAAGGAGCAGAGAUGGCGGUACUUGAGUCUAUGAGAGAUGGACUCAAAUCACACCGCUUUACAGUGGAUGUAUGGUCGAUUGAAUAUCGCGUGUGGGACGGAAAACAAGUUGUUUAUGAAAACUCCUUGGAAAAUUUGAACUCUCUGAGGCGGUACUUUAAGGAAAUUGGAGGCUAUAGUGAACAUUCCCAACUUUCUAACGAUAAAAACAUCAAUGAUGGCUAUGCAUUAGAUGUGGUGUUUGUAAGAAAUGAAAUGUAUUGUAAAAGGCAUGAUGAAUUACCGGACGGCACUGCAUGCAAAUUUUAAAUUAACUCACAUAACGAAUGGAGAGGAAUCAUAUUUUUGACACUUUUGCGUUUGGAAGUGAUUAAACUUUAUAUGGACAGGGAUAUACCUUCCAUUGUCAUUUUACAUCUACUUAUGGUUUUCUUUACUCUUAUAUAUAAAGUCAAAAUUUUCUUUCGGGUGUAUUUAAUGAAAACAAUUUUUUUUGCAUGACUGAAAUAAUAUAUGCGUGUGAUUUCAAAAUAUUUCUAUUGUACUAAACAUAAUUUACAACUUAUAUUGGCAGAAGUUUUGUAACUUAGAUUGCCCUCUACCAAUGCAAAUAUUGGACAAAAUUUAAAUCUUCGAUAUCAAUCGAAAUUGAAAAACGUAGACAAGUGAUAUUCCUUAGAUAAUCAGGAUCAGGUCGUAUACGACAUCGAUUGGAAAGCAUGCGUGUUUUGUGGAAAUAGGAGCUCAUGAUGGACUAGAAAGGCAACAUAUGAGGACGGGACUUCUUAUUGAGGCCAUCCAGGAUUUUAGUCAAAAGACCUACACUAUAUAGUAAACUGAAACCUCACGCAUGAUGGGGGAUCACAUGUACACAGGACGUCACGUUGAGAAGAACACAACAAUUUUAAACAAGGAUAACAAAAUUACCCUCCCUUGUUUAAGUUUGGAAAGAGCGUUGAGUGGUAUGAACAUCUAUUAUUUUGAUUUCUAUUUUCUAGAUGUUGAAGGAGCAGAGAUGGCGGUACUUGAGUCUUAAAGUAGUAAAGGAAAUACACCGCUAUCUAGUGAAUAUGUAGUGGAUUGAAUAUCGUGUGCUGAAUAGUAAAUAAUUAAAAUAAUGUUUAUGGAAGGUACUUAAAAAAAAUAAUCUCCUUCAAGGAAAUAAGUUGCAAAUAUUUACAACUUUUUAACGAUGGAAAUACCAAUACUGGCUAUGCACUAGAUGUGGUAUAUACAAUACUAUUGGCCAAUACGCAGGAAUCCAGAAACAAUCAGCCGAUUGAAGUUUUUUUUAUCUCAUUUGAUGUGUUUUCCUUUGCUGUAAAUAUAUUUUUUUUUGCUGUGAAUUCUGAUACAUAUUUUUUUCUUUUGAUAUUGAAAUCUUAUUGUGUUAAAAAGAUUGUAAUAAAAACAAAUCUCCAAAUCUACGUUUUUGAUACAGUAAAUACAUAAUACCUAAUAGAGACAAGGUGGUCACCCAAUAAGACACCAGAUUAGAUAUAUAUAUUUUUUAAAUUAUAGCCUUCCUAUUAUUUAGUAGGACAAAUUCAUACAUUUUAUCUAUUAAUUUUUUAUAUAUGUUCCUUUAUUUUCAUGCAGAGCUCCUCUACUUUCAAAGAUAAAUAAUUUUGAAAUGGCAACGCCCACCAAUUGCAAGCCCUCUUAAGGUACAUCACUACACCUACACUUAAACUUUUUAAGACACUACGUCACAAGAUGGCGAUUUUAAUUUUUUUUUGUUUAACAUUUUAU